AAGGUGCAUUGUUUUAGCAGUUUAGAACUCAAAACACAAAGAGAUAAAGAGGAAAACUCCUAGAGAGAUGAAAGGUGGCUUGGUUUUUUUCUUUAUCACUGUAGUAACAGUGUUGGGAGUUUGUCAUGGAGGGGAAUUGAGGAAACAUUUUUACAAGAAAAGUUGCCCAAAGGCUGAGGAAAUUGUGAAAGACAUCAUAUGGAAAAGUGUUGCCAGCAAUUCGACUUUGCCUGCAAAGUUUCUCAGAAUGCAUUUUCAUGAUUGUUUUGUCAGGGGUUGCGAUGCCUCAGUCUUGAUAGACUCUACACCAAACAACACAGCCGAGAAGGCUGCACUUCCGAAUCUCUCCCUGGGAGGAUUUGAUAUUAUUGAAGAAGUGAAGAUCCAGUUGGAGAAGACUUGCCCUGGAAUAGUCUCUUGCGCAGAUAUCGUAGCUUUAGCAGCCAGAGACUCAGUUUCUUAUCAAUAUAAGAAGCCACUGUGGGAGGUGCUAACAGGCAGAAGAGACGGAAGAAUUUCUCGUGCUUCUGAGGCCCUUGCCAACAUUCCUCAACCUACCUUUAACUUCUCCACCCUCAAACAAUCUUUUGCCAGCAAAGGCCUCACCGUUCAUGAUUUGGUUGUUCUAUCAGGUGGGCACACAAUUGGAGUUGGCCACUGCAAUUUCUUCAGCAACAGGCUAUACAAUUUCACUGGAAAAGGCGACGCGGAUCCUUCUUUAAAUCCACAGUAUGCUGCUUUCUUGAGAACCCAGUGCAAAAGCCUUGCAGACAACACAACCAUUGUUCCAAUGGACCCUGGAAGCGCCCUGAAUUUUGAUAACCACUACUACAAAAUCCUGUUGGAAAACGAAGGACUGUUUCAGUCUGAUGCCGCGCUUUUAACCCAGAAGGGCUCCAAGAAUAUUGUGGAAGAGUUGACCAACUCCAUGAAGUUUUUCACCGAGUUCGCUCAGUCCAUGAAGAGAAUGGGAGCCAUUCAAGUUCUCACGGGAACUGCAGGAGAGAUUAGAAGGAACUGCAGCAGGAUCAAUUAAUUAUUUAAGAAAAAUAUUUUAUAGGGUUCCAUUCUUGUACCAAUAUGAAUAUUAAGCGUUUGUGGUUGAAAAGAUUCUUGCUUUGAAUAUUUCAUUUCUUGUUGUUGCCUAUUACUCAUGUAAUAAAGGUUGGUAUUUAAAGCGUGUAA